AUGACCACCACCACCACCGCCGCCACCACCCCGCACGCCAUCGUCAUCGGCUCCGGCCUCGCCGGCCUCUCCGCCGCCUCCACCCUCCUCCACCGCCACACGCGCGUCACCCUCCUCGAGCGCCUCCCCAAGCCCGGCGGCAACAGCAUCAAAGCGUCCUCGGGCAUCAACGGCGCCCCCACCCGCUACCAGCCCUCGCCCACCUACGACACCACCUUCCACGCCGACACGGUGCGCUCCGCCGGCGCCGCCUUCGAGGACUCCUCUUCACCCAGCAUCGUCACCCGCGCCGCCCGCGAACGCCUCAUCGCGACCCUCACCCAGCGCAGCGCCGGCGCCGUGCACUGGCUCGCCGACGCUCACGGCGUCGACCUCGGCGUCGUCGCGCAGCUGGGCGGGCACACGCGCGCCCGCACGCACCGCGGCGCCGGGCCCGUUCCGCCCGGCGCCGCCAUCGUGUCCGCGCUGCUGAAGGACGUGAAUGCGCAUCCGGGCUUCGAGCUGCUGACGGAGGCGACGGUGACGAAGGUGCUGGUGCAGGAGCGGGACGGGGUCACCGGCGUCGAGUUCCGCGACGCGAACGGGACGACGACGAAGCGGCUCGAGGGCGCGGUCGUGUUUGCGACGGGCGGGUUUGCGGGGGAUAGCCGCGGGAUGCUGGAGCGGUAUCGGCCGGACUUGGCGGGGUUCCCGUCGACGAACGAGGCGUGGCCCGGGAGCGCGCCGCUGCUGACGGAGGUGGGCGCGCAGCUGGUGGACAUGGAGAUGGUGCAGGUGCAUCCGACGGGGUUUGUGGAUCCCAAGGAGGAGGGGAAGCCGGUCAAGUUCCUCGCGGCCGAGGUGCUGCGGGGCGAGGGCGGGUUGAUGUUGAGGGGCGGGAGGCGGUUUGUGGAUGAGUUGCAGACGCGGCAGUUUGUGACGGAUCGGAUCAUGGAGGCCGAGCCGGAGGUGGUGGAGGGGGUGAAGCUGUGGGAUGUCAAGGUCGUGCUGGAUGAGGGCGCGUAUCAGGCGGCGAAGAGCCAUGUCGGGUUUUAUCUGUUCAAGGGGUUGAUGCAGAAGAUGACGGUGGCCGAGCUGGGCGGCGAGCAGGCUGUCAAGGCGGUGCAGGAAUUUGCCGAUGCGGCGGCGGGGAAGGCGGAGGAUCCGUUCGGGCGGAAGGCGUUUGGGCACUGGGAGCUCAAGGACGUGACGCCCGAGUCGGUUGUGUAUGUUGGGAGAGUGACGCCCGUGGUGCACUUUACCAUGGGCGGCGUCGUCAUCAAUGAGAAGGCCGAGGUGCUGGAUAAGGAUGGCAGGCCGAUCAAGGGCGUCUGGGCAGCAGGCGAAGUGAGCGGAGGCAUUCACGGAGCCAACAGGUUGGGAGGAAGCUCGUUGUUGGAGUGUGUUGUUUACGGACGGAUCGCUGGAGAGCAGGUUGCCGAAAGCUUGGGAAAGAAGUAA